UAUGUGUCUAAACAUAUAUACUAUAUUGGGAACACUUCGAUCAGGGACAUCACAUGGCUUGUCUUCUGUUAACAAUAUCAAUCGGUCACAAGUAAUUUUUUUUUUUUUUAAAUUAAUGUUUUAAGGUACCUAACUUGUAUAAUAUGUAGUUCCCCACCUUUGUAUCUCAUGUGACCGACCAUUAAGUUUAGUUUCCCUGGCAUUGCUCCUUCCUUGUCUUCUCAAUUCUUUAAUACACACAUAUAUAUACUAAUAAACCACUCAUUUUUUCAUCAAACAAACUAUAUUCUCCACUCUUCAAAACGCAGCAAAGUAGAAAAGGAAAAAAAAAAAAAGCCAAGUGUUGCACAUCAAUUUACUAAGAAAUGGCAACUGAAAUGGAAAUUACUGAGCUAAGAUUGGGCCUUCCAGGGGGGAUAAUGGAGAAAAAUGAGAAGAAAAGGGUGUAUUCUGAAAUGACUACUAGUGAUCGGAACAGCAGCAGCAACGUUAACGUUAACGUUAAGUGUCAGAACAAGAAUGAAGUUGUGGGGUGGCCACCAGUGUGUGCUUACAGGAGAAAGAACAGCUUUAAUGGACGUGAAGGAUCGAAUAAAAUGUACGUGAAAGUUAGCAUGGAUGGUGCUCCAUUUCUGAGGAAAGUUGAUUUGAGUACUCAUAAGGGUUAUGAUGAACUUGUUAUGGCUCUUGAAAAGCUCUUUGAUUGCUAUGGAAUUGGAGAAGCAUUGGAGGAUGCAGACAAGUCAGAGUUCGUACCAAUAUAUGAAGACAAAGAUGGAGAUUGGAUGCUUGUUGGCGAUGUUCCAUGGCAAAUGUUUAGUGAGUCAUGCAAAAGGCUAAGGAUCAUGAAGAGAUCAGAGGCAAAAGUGAUAGGCCUUGGAGCCAGGGACUUUCUCAAGGGGAUGUCUGAAAAAUAAUUUUAAGGGCAUUUCAGAUUUGAUUUGCUUAGAGAGAUUAAAUUAUAUAUAAUUGUAAUCUUAAUUAGGUGUGAUGCCACACCCUAGACUUAAUUUCUGAUUUCAUCUUAAUUAAUUAUAUUAUUGUAGUAAGUACUUUAUUUUUCUCUUAAAUGACUGCCAUUUUGAUUUUCGUGUGUAAUAAGGCUAAAUGUGUAACCAACAUAUUGUGCUGAAAUUGUGGCAAGCAGCUAACUUUCCCCUUGUUUCA